GAAUAACAAACGCGAUAGAAACGUUUGGCCAUCAGAACACAUUCCGCUUAUAUUUUCUCAAUCUAGGCGUGCGACUGUACGCUAUUGGUAACGUCUUGGAGAAAUGUCGUCAACAACAUCCAGAACGCUGGUACUCGUGGGGCUGGAGGGCGAGGACGAGCUCAUGCGCGCGGUGCAGAGCGAGGCCCAGGAGGCCUUCUCCAUGGUGGAGAUGCCGCCAACAGCCCCCGAUUCUGACGUCGCUGCAGCAGCAGCUGUCCGGUUGCCGAACGGCACCGAUUUGGACCGCGCGCACGUCGUGGGUGUGGUGCUCAAUGCCAACGGCCCCAGCGGCGCGAGUGACGAUGCCGGCGACGCUGCCGCGCUGCGACUUGAACGCGCGCUGCAGCUGGCAAAGGCGAUCCGAGGGGCCUGCCCCCAUGCGUUUGUCAUGCUGUGGCAUAGAGAUGCUGUGGAGGACCCCAAGCUACGGAUCGCGGCGUUCGCGUGCGGUGCCAACAUGGUGACCUGCUUCGCCGACCACGCGGCGGAGGCGGUGCGGCAGCUGGCGUCCAUAGGCGCCACGGGCAGUGGGCCGCGGCGGUGCAGCUGCGACUGGUGCGGCGCGAGUGGCAUGACAGCGGACGAGCUGUGGCUACACCAGCCACUUUACCACAUCUACGAGGAGAACCGGUCCGGGCGCUGCAGCGCUUGCGCAUGUGCUCAGCAAGACCCGUCGCCAUCAACAAAAGCAGCAGCCGCCGCGUCGGCGUCGCCGGAGGCGGCGCUGCAUGGUGCUGGUACUGCUGAUGCUGAUGGUGGUGGUGGUGCUGGUGGUGGUGCUGGUGCUGGUGCUGGUGGUGCUGCUGCUGCUGGUGUGGGUGUGGUUGCGAACCUGGCUGUCCACAUUCACGAGGCGCACCGGCCGGCGGCACACGGGGGGCCGUUCACGGAGCUGCGGCGGCCGCUGGGCAGCGCGGUGGUUGUUCACCGGCGGCGCGACAACAAGUUCCUCAUGGUCCAGGAGUUUGCAAACCAGGGCUUCUGGGUGCCAGGCGGCGCCACGGACGUGGGCGAGAGCCUGCGCGCCGGUGCGGUGCGGGAGUGCCUGGAGGAGGCGGGCGUGCAGGUGGAGCUGAGGGGCCUGGCGGACAUCGCCCACCUGGCUGACGCCAACGGCAAGCCCUGCUGGCGCCUCGCCACCUUCUACGCCGUGCUCGCGGACGAGCCCCACGCGGCCGCGGCCCGGCCCAAAACAGUGCCGUGCUUCGAGAGUGCCGGUGCGUGCUGGGUUUCAGCCGACCAGCUGGACGGCAUUCCCCUCCGCAGUGAACGAAUCCCCCGGACCUGGUUCCCGCAUUUUGCGGCGGGCGGCAAGCCACUGCCCCUGGAGCUGCCGCCGGACCAGGCGCACCUGUUCCCAGACGUGGAGUUCUGACCUGGUCUGGUCUGGUCUGGGCUGAGUUGGUAUGGUCUGGGUGUCCGGGUUUUGUAAGGUGGAAGGAAGGAAGUUCAGAGAGGGGCGCGUGCGCGUGUCGCGGUGGUUGUGUGUGGGAGGGGAGGGGAGGGAAUUUCGUCUCGGUCGGGGGUUUCCAUUUAUGUUAUUCAUGCUGCGCGUGAUUGUGUUUCAAUGAGGUAACGGAACGCUUGCGCAUCAGAGGCAGCGAUUAGGGAUGCUGACGGGGGUAUUGCUGAACGUGAACGUGUAUGCGGGUGCCGGCGGGUGUGUCCGUGGGCAGCAUAGAGCAGAGGAGUCCUUGGGCCCUUGGGCUCCUUUUGCUGUGGCUGCUGGUAAAUAAACAAGGGGUGUCAGCUUUGUACAGCUGGAAAAUGGGCUGAGCCCCAUGUAGCGCAAGGGAUGUGACGAUGGGCACCGGCGACAUGAACAGCACCCUUGCAAGCCCAUCCAGCGGGACUGGCCACUAUGCCAAUGCCGU